AUCACCAUUCACCACCUUCAUACACCGCUUUUGCACUCUCUUCUCUCUCUCUCUCUCUCUUCCCCACAUUUCUCUUUCUCCAAAGAUUUUUUGUAAAAUUUUAGAUUCAUUCCUUGAAGCGUACUAGUUUGCUUUUGAGUGGUUUCUUUCCCUUCGUAGCCUCGCAAUAUACUCUUCCAGUCUUCCAUCUCUUUUCUCUUUGCUGCUCAGCCUCUAGAGAGAACAAAAAAAGGAAAGAAAAAAAUAAAGAAGAGAUCUUUUCCCAGCUUUUUCCGCUGCCCCGCUUCAAUUCCUUGGAAUUCAGAGCCUCCCCAAACUGAUUUCCUUAUUUGGUCUUCAAUUUUCACUAUCUUCUUAUCUUUCUUACUCAGCUUCUUUCCUAAUUUGGAAUAUUAAAUAGGUUGAACCUGCACAUUCGAGCUUUUCCCUUUUAUGUUUGGUUCUUUGACCAGAAAUUGUUUAUGGGGUUUGGCUUAUUUGUUUAUUUUCCUUGAGAUCUGCAUAGUUGGUAUUCAGGGGUUCCGGAUUUCUAUCUUCGGAGUUUAGUUUUUGCUUUUUUUUAUUUUCUCACAUUUUCUUUGAAUUUUGGAAAGUUGGGUCUUUUUUAGAUUCCUCAGGCUAUGCCUACACAUAAAAAGGUAUUCCGAUUCCUUUGAAAAAGAAAAAAAAAAAAAAAAACCAAAAGAAAGAAAUGAAAGGAAAGGAAAUAAAAUGCCUCUUGAUUUAACACUGAUAUUAUUGUGGUGAAAUCUCCACUUCCGCAUUUUUUCUUCCUCUGAGGCUCUCUCUUUCUUCCUCUGUUUUCCAUGUCACUCUGAGUUUGUGGAAAAACCAAAAAAGAAAGGGAAAAAAAUGGAAAUUCUAUCGCCCGCAUCUUAUAUUUCGAACUCGAAUUGGCUCAUGGAAGAUAGCAAAGGAGCGAGAUGGACUGCGGCGGAGAACAAAUUGUUCGAAAACGCGUUGGCGGUUUUCGAUAAGGAGACGCCGGACCGGUGGCACAAUGUGGCGGCGAUGAUCCCGGGAAAGACCGUCAGCGACGUUAUUAAGAAGUACAAGGAAUUGGAGUAUGAUGUUAGCAAUAUAGAAGCUGGGCUAAUCCCAAUUCCUGGAUAUACCACUUCCACAUUCAAAUUGGACUGGGUCAAUGGCCAUGGCUAUGAUGGGUUCAACAAACAGUCUUUUGCUCUUGGUGGAAAGAGAUCUUCCUCAGCAAGGUCCGCUGAUCAGGAACGAAAGAAAGGCGUUCCAUGGACAGAGGAAGAGCAUAAGCUGUUUCUGAUGGGUUUGAAGAAGUAUGGGAAAGGGGAUUGGAGGAACAUCUCCCGCAAUUUCGUGGUUACUCGGACGCCGACGCAAGUGGCGAGUCAUGCUCAGAAGUACUUCAUUAGGCAGCUAUCAGGAGGGAAAGAUAAGCGGAGAGCGAGCAUCCACGACAUAACGACCGUCAAUCUCAACGACACGAGAACUCCGUCGCCGGACAAUAAAAGGCCCGUUUCGCCGGAGCACUCCGGGGUGGUCGCGCAGCAGCAGAAUUCGGCUGCCAUGUCAAGGACUCCUUAUCAAUGGAACCAACCAAGUGGUGGUGGAGGAGCAAACAUGGGCUUCCACAUGACUAAUGGAAAUGUAUUUGUGACCAAUCCUUAUGGGAUUAGCACAUAUGGGCUUAAAAUGCAGGGGCAUAACAAUCUCCACAGAGGUGCUGUUCAUGACUCUUACUUUGGACCUCAAAGUAUGGUUUUUCAGAUGCAAUCCACACAUUCAGCUAGUAUAGGUCUUGAUUGUGUUUUUGUCUUGGUUUCAUGUGAAUAUGUCAUCCAAAAGAACUCUUGA